AUGCCAGAAAAAUCAGUAUUCUUAACGCCGGCCUCUGUGGCUCUGCUUGCCGUCACUUUGCUGUAUUAUGUUGGCCUUCGGUAUUUCUCGCUGACGAAGCUAAGCAGGAGGGGCUUGCAACUUCCUCCUGGACCAAAGUCAAGCUUGAUAACGGGGAACCUUCGUCCACUUGUGUAUUAUCGUGUGUUCAACAAGGAGACCAUCCUCGUGAGCUCGGGAAAAGUAGCUUUGGACCUGUUGGAAAGUCGUUCUGGAAUCUAUUCAGACAGAAAUAUGGCUUGGAUGAGCGGAGAACUGGCCGGACGUAAACAUAGUGUCUUCCAUGCCUCAUAUUCCGACCCACGAUUCAAAAUCUUCCGGCGGCUUCUACAAGCGGGUCUCAACCCAAGAGCGUCGAAGAGCUAUCGCCCGAUCCAGGUGCAAGAAUGUCAAAUUUUGUUGAAGGCGUUGGCGACCACGCCGGAGGACUUUAUGGCGCACAUAAGGAGGAAUGCCGUCGCGGUUAUUCUCAAAGUCGCAUACGGCUACGAGGUCCAAGGCAACGAUGACCCGUUCGUAAGGAAUCUCGAAGAAGGUUUCGCAUUGUCCGCGACGCUGGGGACUCCAGGAAAAUAUUGGGUCGAGUUUCUCCCUAUCUUGCGGUUUGCACCUGACUGGUUUCCUGGGGCAGGAUUCAAGCGUUAUGCAAAAUGGGUCGGGCAAAAGCUUCAUCGCCUCGAGCGCGUACCUUUUGAAUGGGCGAAGAAAGAUAUUCUGAACGGCGAAUACAUCGAAUCAUUCACUUCGAAGCACCUCUUCAAGGAGGAUGGAGAUAUCAUAGGCCAGGAUAUGCAAGAAAACCUCAAGUGGACUAGUUCGGCACUAUACGUUGGAGGAGGAGAUACCACUGUCGCCGCUUUGACGACGUUCUUCUUGGUAAUGGCUCAACACCCGGAGGUACAACGUCAAGCGCAAGCAGCCGUGGAGAGAGUCGCACCAAAUCGUCUCCCGAGUCUUCAUGACUACGAGUCCUUACCGUAUAUCCGAGCACUCAUCAAGGAGAUCCUGCGGUGGGCUCCUGUUGCUCCACUAGGUAUUCCACAUCGUGCGAUGCAGGACGACGUAUAUGAGAGCUACUUCAUCCCGAAAGGGACGGAGAUACUCCCGAACAUCUGGGCGAUGACACAUGACGCAGAGAUCUAUCCUGAUCCUGACAAUUUCGACCCAACUCGCCAUCUCGGAGAAAACCCACAACCUGAUCCAUUCCGAUUUGUCUUCGGGUUCGGAAGAAGAGUCUGUCCUGGUGCACAUCUAGCCGAGAUGUCGCUUUUCCUGAACAUAUGUUCCAUUCUCGCUGCCUUUGAUAUCUCAAAACUGGUUGACAAGAACGGGAAGGAGGUCGAGCCGGAAGUCGAGUGGACUAUUGGUGUGACGAUGUGA